GAAAGGGGAAGGCACUUGAUCUGAGGCCAGUUUGAACUGCUGCAGAGCAAUUUCCUAACCUGACUUUGCAUUAUAUUGAUUUUUUAUGUUUGCUUGUUGGUGUUUUCAUGUUAACUGUAGUUACAGGAAAAGCCCAGUGAACUGGCAGAGGGAAGAUACGGGGGAAGAAAAGAGAGGUACCACAUUUUGGGUGAUUACCUGUAAUAGGUCAGGAGCAAUUGUAUCGCAUACACUCUGGAAUUCGCUCUGUCUCCUUUCUCCAUGGAAUUACUGAUGACACAUGAGAGUCCUUGGUAAAUAUUUGGUCAGCAGGAUCAGGGGGGCUCUGAGUGUUGCUUCCCGAUAGGAUAUUCCUGUGUGUACAACUCUGCUGAUAGCUUUGCCUCACCAAGCUGAGAAGGCCGGUUCUGUCGGAAAGAGUCAUGAAGUCCCCAGCUGCCCUGUUUCUCCUCAUGGGACUCUGGACCUUCAGUGCAGGCCAGCGUUCUCCGCUGAAUGGAUUCCAGAGGCUGAAAGCGACACAGUUGGUAUAUCUCUCCCACCAGAGAGAGGAACUGUCCAUGGGGGUAGAGGAGUGUGCCCGGCAAUGUGCCACUCUACUUGACUGCAGAGCCUUUCAUUACAACUGGCAAAGUAGUGGAUGCCAGCUGCUGCCUUUGACCCAGCAUUCACCGCAGACCCAGCUUCAGAGAAAUGUCCACUAUGACCUCUACCAGAAGAAAGGUUAUGUAAGGAAUUGCAUCAUGGGAGAUGGGAGAGAUUAUCGAGGGACCCAGUCGGUGACCGAAAAGGGAAAGACCUGUCAAGCGUGGCGGCUGAAGUUUCCUCAUGAUCAUCGGUUUCCUGUCUUACCACACAAUGGACUGGAAGAAAAUUACUGCAGGAAUCCAGAUCAAGAUAAGCGUGGUCCCUGGUGCUACACAACAGACCCUGCUGUCCGGCAUCAAAGCUGUGGCAUCAAGAAAUGUGAAAAUGCUGUGUGCAUGUCAUGCAAUGGUGAAGACUACCGGGGCUUUGUGGAUCAGACGGAGUCUGGCAUAGAGUGUCAGCGCUGGGAUCUGCAGCAUCCACAUAGGCACCCGUUCCUUCCAAACAAAUACCCUGAGAAAGACCUUGCUGACAAUUACUGCCGCAAUCCUGACAGUUCUGAGCGUCCUUGGUGUUACACCACAGACCCUGCCAAAGAGCGGGAAUAUUGCAGCAUUCGGAAGUGCACAGAGAAACACCGACAUCCAGCUACUACAACCAACUGCUUCAGGCUGAAAGGAGAAAACUACCGUGGCUCAGUGAAUGUCACUACUUCAGGCAUCCCCUGCCAACGCUGGGACUCACAGACACCCCACCGCCAUCAUUUCCUGCCUGAGAAAUAUGAGUGCAAGGACCUAAAGGAGAACUAUUGCCGCAACCCUGAUGGUUCAGAGGCCCCCUGGUGCUUCACCACCUUGCCCAACCUGAGGAUGGCCUUUUGCUUCCAGAUCAAACGCUGUGUUGAUGACGUGGAGGUGGAAGACUGUUAUCACGGAAACGGAGAGGAGUAUCAAGGCACUGUUAGUAAAACCCGAAAAGGAAUCACCUGUCAGAAGUGGAAAGACCAGUCGCCUCACAGACCCCAGGUCUUCCCUGUCAAGUUCCCUACUGUGCGUCUUGAAGAGAAUUAUUGCCGCAACCCUGACAAUGACAGCCAUGGGCCCUGGUGCUACACUAUGGACCGCAACACUCAGUUUGAUUACUGUGCCAUAAAACCAUGUGCUGGUGACAAGAAGCCAUCCAUCCUACAAAACACAGAGAACGUGGUCUUUGACCAGUGUGGCAGGAGGGAGGACCGGUCGGAGUCACGGGUUCGUAUUGUAGGAGGAACCCCUGGGAACUCACCUUGGACAGUCAGCAUCCGCAAUCGAGAAGGAGUCCAUUUCUGUGGAGGGUCACUGGUGAAGGAGCAGUGGGUCAUUAGCACACGUCAGUGCUUCUCCUCUUGUGACGCGGACUUAUCUGGUUAUGAAGUCUGGCUUGGAACCCUCUUUAAGAAUCCUGGUCCUAAUGACCCUGACAAACAGGCCAUUCCCAUCAAUAAGAUUGUUUGCGGUCCUUCUGAAUCUCUUCUGGUGAUGCUGAAAUUGGAAAGGCCAGCAAUUCUGAAUCAAAGGGUGGCACUCAUCUGCCUCCCACCUGAGCGCUACAUUGUGCCUGCAAACACACAGUGUGAGAUUGCAGGAUGGGGUGACACCCAAGGUACCGGUAACCCAAAUGUCCUCAAUGUGGCAAAGUUGCCGAUCAUGAGCAACCAUGAAUGCAAGAUACUUCUCCGAGGUCGCCUGAAGGAGAGCGAGUUGUGUACAGCAGCCCUGCGUAUAAGUGUGGGGGCCUGUGAGGGUGACUUUGGGGGCCCUUUAGCCUGCCUGACCCAUGACUGCUGGGUGUUGGAAGGAGUGAUCACCCCAUCUCGGGUAUGUGCUAGCAAGGACCGGCCUUCCACCUUCAUCCGUGUCUCCCUUUAUGUUGACUGGAUCAACAAGGUGAUGAAGCUGAGCUGAGCUUGCUGUUCAUCCUGAAGUCCUGCAUUCUCCUGCUUUUCUUAGUUUCACCCAAGAAUGGCCUUGUUCUACUGUGUCUCAAAGGACCAUCUGUCCUUACAAUCCUCCAGGAAGGAUCCAUGUUACCAAAGGAGAAGACAUUUUUGAACUCUAAGGGUAUUUGUGCAUAUUGGAACAGGCCAAAGAACAUGGGAAGCAAACAUAACCAGUAUUCAUUUCUCUCUUACUCCUACAGGGAAUAGCUUUUCUUAUGGUAAUAGAGAGACAAGCAUAGUACAGUACAAUGCAUUAUAAUAUUCAUUUUAUUUUAAUGUAUUAGAUUUGAAACUAUUUCAGGGUCAUUUCUUUGUUACUUUACUAGUAUAAAGUGGUUUGAACAUGGUGAAAUAAGUGGUAAGAGCAUAUAUAUUAUUUGCCUUUCAGCAUCAAGUCCAUUAAAAUGCAGGUUGAAUGCUCCUUAUCCAAAAUGUUUGGAGCAGAAGUAUUCUGUAUUUUGAUUUUUUUUCAGAUUUUGGAAUACUUGCAUAUACAUCAUGAGAUACCUGAAGAGGGAACCCAAGUCUAAACACAAAAUUGAUUUAUCUUUCACAUAUACCUUAUUUGCAUAGCCCAAAGGUAUACACAGUAUUUAAAAAUAAUUCUGUCUGUGAUACAAAUUUUGCAUACACUGAAACAUCAGAAAGUAAAGGUUUCACUUUCUUGGCUGCCCAUGUGUACGAUAUCAGAUUUUGGCUAAAAUAACCAUAUGAUUGCCAUCUGAAUAGCUCUAUGCUCAUUAUGCUUAUAAUGGAUGCUGCAAUGAAUAUGUUACAAUGACCAAGGAAAAUGAUUAUCUUAUACGGAUGCCUGUGUGUUUUCACCACAGAUUAAAUAUGGAUCAGGAUAUACCAAAUGUUAGCUAACAAAGCAAUAUAAAGCAUCUCAGUGUACAUUUGCUAGGAUGAGUAUGAAAAGAAAUCUACAGAUGAAGUGUUCCUUAUAAAAUGCAAAUCUUUACAGAUUAUGUUAAAACACUGUUAAUUAUGUUAAUUUUAACAUGUGUAUGUGUAUAUGAAACGAAGAAGAGAAGAUUUCCAGUGGCUAUGCAUUUUGUGUGCAUGUAUGUGUCUGUGUGCGCACAUGUGCUUCCAAGUUAUCUGUCAACUGACAGUGGCCCCAUGGUUUUCAUAAAGUUUUCUUAGCUAAGGAAAGCUGGUGCCUUACCAAGGAGUCAAACUGCAUCAAUUCAACAGUUUAGAAACAUCCUUACAUUUGUAUAACUAUUUAUGUAAGCAUAAGGUCUUUUUCAAGUGUCAAAGAGCCAUCCAAUAUUUCUGUGGCCAAACACUGCUCCACCCUGAUUUAGUAAAUUGUACCCUUUCACUGAACAGAAGAAUUGAAUGUUUUGACAGUAUUAAAAGUUUCUUCUACA